AGUGCCAUAUUGGGAAUCCAUUUCCCCAGCUUCAAGAUUGUCUUUUUCUGUCUGCAAUCCUGGCUUUCGGUUGCAAGAAUUUUAAGGGCGUCAUUCUACAGAAGAGAGAAGGACAUGACGCAGCGUCUCUCAAAUCUGGUUUCUGACCAUGGACCAUUUCGAUGAAGAAAUGGGUCUAGGCCAGGGGAGUGACAGUGAUGUCAUCAGAGAGUCAGCAGGGAGAAGAGACAGGUGCCACACAUAGAAAGGAUAGACAGCAUGUCCAGAGAAACACACAACAGACGAUGGAGGACCAGGACCAAUCAGAAGAGAAGAGGGGCAGACCAUUGAAUGCUGACGUUGAGGCUGUGCUGUUGCAUGUGAAUGGAGAUGAACAGCAGAAUGUGGAAAACAGUGAGACAAGGAGGCAAAGGCGAGACACUCAGAAGAUGCACAAAGGGCAUGUGAAACAUGCGGAUGGACCCCUGCCAGUGAGUGUCUCAUUUGUUGAGAGGGACAGAGACAAGCGUCCUGAAGAUCCACGGGGAACUGGACCCUUCUUCUUCUUUGGGGGGAGCAAUGGGGCCUCUAUAGUUGUUUCAUAUUGUGAGAGUCGAGGCUGGCAGCGCAUAUAUGAUAAGACAAGGCUGGACUUCAAGCUGAAGUGGUGUGAAAAGAAAUCACCUGCUACCUACUACAACUUCAAAGCAGGUGGACAGUUGCUAUACCAGAUACCCAAUAACAAGGUCCUGACCACUAAGAUUGGCCUUCUAAACAGCCUACGGGAGUUUGAGAGAGUCAGCAGCAAAGUCAAUUACGGAUGUAGAACCAGUUGCAGGAGGAUGAAAAUGGAGGAAUAUUUUCCUGUCACCUUCCGCAUGGAUAUGAAAGACGAGAGAGAGGCAUUUUUUAACGGAGUAUGCAAUGAUAAAACCAGCUUGUGGAUCUGCAAGCCAACAGGACUUAACCAGGGUCGUGGCAUUUUCCUGCUACGGACACCAGAAGACAUUACAGGAUUCAGAGAAAGACUGCAAAACACAAUAGAGCAGCAGUCUGACAGAAAGUCAACUUUCAGCAUGCCACAGGCCCGGGUUGUUCAACAGUACAUCGAGAACCCAUUGCUACUAACCGGCAGGAAAUUUGAUGUGCGGUCAUACUUUCUAAUUGCUUGCACCUCGCCAUACAUGGUGUUUUUUCGCCAUGGUUACGUCCGAUUGACAUGUAACCUUUAUGACCCCAACUCCGACAAUCUCACGGGCCACUUGACCAAUCAAUACAUGCAGAAGAAGAACCCUCUCUACAGUCUACUAAAAGAGGAGACAGUUUGGUCCAUGGAGCAACUCAAUACGUAUAUUAAUGAAAUGUAUAUGGUGCCAAAGGGUCUACCCAAAGACUGGGCUCUGGGUCCUUUUGCAAAAAGAAUGCAGCACAUUAUUAUGCAGUGCUUUCAGUCUGUCAAAUCUAAGCUGGACUGCAAACUUGGUUACUUUGACCUAAUCGGCUGUGACUUCUUGAUUGAUGAGGAUUUCAAGGUCUGGUUGCUAGAGAUGAACUGUAACCCAGCGCUGCAUACUAACUGUGAAGUACUGAAAGAUGUGGUGCCUAGGACAGUCUCUGAGACCCUUGACCUAACUUUGGAAAUCUUUAACAAGUCUUGCUGUGGACUGAAGCUGCUGCCCCUGAACAGUCAAAGAGACUUUGUUUUGCUGUACAGUGGUGAGACUACGGCCAUAACCAUCCAAAAGCACAAAACUGCAGGGUCCCUCUCGACCUUCCAACUAAAGAGUAACUCCACCCACAAUAACACCAACAAAACCGACAAAGCCAUAGCAGCAGCAGCAACAACAACAACAACAACAACAUCCUCAACAGGGAAAUUACCUAAUAGUGGCAGCAAAUCUCAAAUUUGUGCUAACACAGAAACUCAAGCCACACUUGUUUUCUCAGAUGUUACUUUGGCCAAUACGGGCCCACCAACUAAGCAUAAUUUAGGAGCAGCAGCCAUAACCAAGAAGAACCUGACGUCCAAAUCAAAUGAAACAAAUCAACCUCGACCACACCACCCCAAGCCUGUCCAGGCUCGUGUAGUGUUGCGGCUCAGAAACUGCACCUGGCAGCCACCUGCAAUGGUCUCCAAACUCAACGCACCUCCACAAUCAGUACCGGUAAUGAGUGCUAUCGGGUCUUUGUCUACACCAGCAGUAAGCAAAGGCUCAAAAUCCACACAAAGGCUUGGCACUCAAGGCCACCAGAUAAACAAAGGGGAGCACAUGAGCUGCCACCUCAAGAUGUCCAAGAUUCAUCUGGCUAAGCUAUACUCCCUCCAGACUGGGUGGACAGAAAAGAAAGAACCUGAGAAAAUGAAAAAGAUGACAGAUGACAUCAAGAAAGAACUAAGCAAUAGUUCUAGAUCACAAUGCUGAACUCAAAGUUAUUAUGAGGGAUUAUGCUCAGAAUAACCUGAAUCUGACUGAGCUACUGCUUAUGACUAAUGCUGUUCCUCAUCAUUAUUUCAAUAAAUUGCCAUAACUUGCCAUGACAUUUUGCAGUGAUUCAAAAUAAAAAAUAUAGUGCCCCCAAAGUGUAUUUGGACACUUAAUUCACACUUUAAAAUGUCAGAAUAUCACAAAAUACCAAACCAAGUGCCAUCUGCAAAAAAAAAAACAAACAAAAAAAAACA